AUGAUGAAGACUUUUACAUGCAUAUACCACUUCCUUAUGUUGAACUGGUAUAUUUUCCUCAAUUUUUACAUCUCACAACACAGAAACAACAAGGAGAGUUCCAAAAUCUUUGCCAAGGGGGGACCGUGGAAGUAUUUGACUCUCCUUAAUCUGCUCAAGAACAAAACUCUGGGUUUCAAAUUCUACCAGCCAGGUCCUCUCUGUAAGCUUGUACAGGCUGUUUUCUACGGGGUCGCCUGCUUGGAUGAUGCGCUAAAAAGAAUCAAAGGGAGAAAACGCAUUAAGUUCCUAACUGCAUUCAGAGACCUGCUUUUCACCACACCGGCUUUUCCUGUAUCCGCAUUUGUAUUUUUGGCAUUCUGUACCCUCUUUCUCUACAAUCAAGAACUCAAGCCCAAGAUCCUAGAUGGUGUCUUUCCAGUGUGGCUGAAUCAUGCAAGGCACACUUCCAUAUUGCCCCUGUCAUUGGCUGAAGUCAUCCUCAGGCCACUUCACUAUCCAUCAAAGAAGACAGGACUCUCCUUGUUGACUGGGGCAGCCUUAGGGUGCAUCAGUCGCAUUCUAUGGAUCUACUCUGAGAUGGGUGCCUGGGGGUAUCUUGUGCAUGCCAAACCCAGCCCUCUGGGUCUGGCAGCCUUCUUCAUUCUCAGCUACAUCUUUAGUGCCAGCCUCUACCUACUUGGAGAGAAGAUCAACCACUGGAAAUGGGGUGACAUGAUGCAGCCACAGAAAAAGAGGAAGUGA